GCGCGUACUCACGAGUGUGUCCAGAAGAAAUUUCGUGGAAGGAAGAGAAAUUCUUGUGAAAGUGAACGGAAAAUAACAUACCGAUGCGAGAAUGGGGUAAACAUCCAACGUGUGUCAAUUCUAAGCUGUACUGUCACGGCGCAACGUUCCAUGAACGAUCAAAUAAGCGACGUGUGCAAGAAGGACUACAUGCAGGACCUCUACAGAAAGAUAGACGGUGCCGUUCUAAUCUCACAGCUGGAGAAGGAUCUCGACUGCACCAUCACCUUCCAAACGCACAGUAUCCUCCAGCGGUUCAUGCUCCGCUUCGAUCAGCUGCAACUGGACUGCAACGAUCAUCUGUACAUCUUCGAUGGAGCCCACGUUGUCAGCAGUUACAAGGAGGACGAAGCACAGUUAUUAUUAUUAUUUUCUCUGUGGUAUUUAAUUGGUAUAGGUGGGGUUUAUUGUUAG